GCCCACGCUGCCCACGCUGCCCAGGGUGCCCACGCCAUGCGUGCGGCGUUGCCGUGGCUUCUGUGGCUCCUGGUGUUGUUUGUGAAAUGCCCAGCUACUCGUCUACUCCAAAGCUCCAGUGAUGAGGAGCAGAACAACCCCUUGGUCCGACCUUUCCAACGCACAGCCACAGAGGCUGCCACGGAAUUUGUUGCUGCGAGAUGGGCUCAGCUGGAAGCACGUCUUCCUCUUGCAGCACGGAAUUUGUUUCGUGGCUCUCAACCGGUUCAGCCCGUGCAGGCCGCAGAACUCUCAGCAAUGGUCAGACCCACUGUCCGUUGGGUGCCGAAGAUGCCAAAGACACAGCCAGUGCCUCUGGGACUCGGCAGAGGUUUCAAUGCUGGUGGCACUGGCGUGAAUGGUGCCCAUGCGGCUUUUCGUGCACCUUUUGUGCGAGCAUUUCGUGCCUUGGAAAGGGCGCAACGUUUGGGGAAGUAUCGCUACAGCACCGUUCGGCCCAUGGGCCGAUCGAUUUUUCCCAAGAGGCAUGAGUUGCCAAAGAACCUCUAUCCCAGUUGGAGGAGAUAUUUUUCAUCAACUUCAUCAGAGAGUCGUGCCAAAUUCUUUGGCAGGCACUUACGAGACAUCCUGGCCCGGAAGGAUAUGAAGGAAUCAAGAUUGAUGCAGCAAGGGAAGAAAGGUGGUGUGUGCACACGGGAGCAGAGGGCUGCCUUUAGUUCCCGUUUUGGAUACAAUUCAUUUGGGGCAACUAACAGCCUUUCAUAUCAACAUGGAAGUUCAAAGUUGACAUCUCUGUACCUGGUCACCAGUGAUGCAGCUGACCACAAUGGUGCAUUCAAGGGAUUGAAUGGUGGCCCGCAGAGUUUUGGUUCCAUGUGUUAUCGUUUGUUGCAGAUGAGCUCACACUACAACGUCAUCUUCAAGAGAGUCGAUUCUGUGAAGGCUGCCACGGAAUUUGUACAAUCUUUGAAGUCUGACAAGGUCUUUGGGCAAGGCAUCAAACAUGUGACCAUCUCUGGUCAUGGCAAUCCGACCACAUUGGUCUUGGGCUCUGAUAGCUUGCUCAGUCAACAGGUUGCCAUGAAAAGCUCCGAAACUGCAAAGCUGUUGGAUGCCUUGCGACCAAUGUUAAUUGAGCAGGGUGAAGCCCGAUCCACGGUAUUCUUGGAGUCUUGUUCGACCGGCAAGCAGCCCAAGAACAUGAAGCUGAAACCAUUGGCUCAGAACAUUGCGGAGGCCUUGCCGGGAGUGGAAGUGCAUGCCUUCAAAGAUGCCAUGUACCCAGCUCAGGUGAAGCUGCAAGGUGGCUUCUUCGAGGAUGCUUUGUUCACCUGCACCGUGGGCUCGCCGAAUGGAUGUCUCAAACCCACCACCUUCAUGUCGAAAGCUCUCCAGGCCGUCUCGCUCUUGGAGAAGGCAGCGAAUGUGAGAAAUGUGGCGAAUGCCACCGAGGAUGAUGAAGAAUUCCAGUUCUACCAUGGUGUCACAUUCUUGGCCGACGUUGAAAUGUGUGCGGAGUGGUGUUCCAUGAUCGAAGAGUGCAAUAGCUUUGAGUUUACCGAAUUUGAAGAACAAGAAGACUGGAUAGAAUCUCCUCUUGGUCUAUGUUCGCUCUAUGAACAAAAGGAGAUGGAUCCAGAAAAUUCUCCAGAACAGGAGGAGGAUGAGGAAAAAGAGGACGUGGACUUGGAGGAAGAUCGCUUGAGGAGUUUCACUAUCGAUGAAGAUGAUGUGCCCCUCAUUACAGACUUGGACGGUUUGGAGUUGGACUAGUGCUUUGACCACACCUUGUUCCCGCGCGGAAAAA